CGGGGUUUGGCCGCAGGGCAGCCCGGGCGCGCCUAGGCUCUUUUUUGCGGACAGAGGUGGGGGACGUGAGCGGGCGCCUCCCAGCCAGUCGCGCAGCCUUCCGCGGUGCGCAGAGGCUGCAGGAACAGAGCCGAGUGGCUCUCUAGGCCUUGAGCGCACCCUGUGUGUUGCUGGAACCUGGCCUUAGGUCCAGGCGGGGGGAAGGAGAAGAGCAAGGGCGCUAGAGGUGAGCAGAGCUCCGGCACCCAGCCAGAGCUCAAGUGCAGGCUCCCAGUCUUCUCUUAGGCUGGGGGGAAGAAUUCCCUUAACAACAUUCACAACCUUGCCUCGGGCACUUUAGCUGGGGCUGCCAGGAGGCCGCGGUGGCCGGGCAGCUGUUGCACCAAGAGGGGGCAGCUGCGGAGUUCCAUAACCAUAGCAACCGCAUCAGCACCACGGCGGCAGUGGCAGCGGCGGCGGCAGCGAGGGCAGCAUCAGCUUGCUCCUCCUCCAGGCAGCCUCACAGUAGAGACCUGAGACAGAGCUCGCAGGUGCAGCAGAUUCCUUGGUCCGCCCACAGCCGCUGCCCGUGUUGGCUGCUGGAGAAGGCGACAAGAGAGCGGGACCAGAGCUGGAACCGGGCCCUAGGAGGUGAGAAAGAGCCCUGCAGUGGGAGACAGGUAAUGAACCAAAAAGAUCAUGUCUGAAGUACAAGGAACAGUUGAGUUUUCUGUAGAGCUACACAAAUUUUAUAAUGUGGAUCUCUUUCAGAGAGGGUAUUAUCAGAUCCGAGUGGCCCUGAAAGUGUCAUCAAGGAUUCCCCACAGACUGAGUGCUUCCAUUGUUGGGCAGUCAGAGAGCAGCAGCCUGCAUUCAGCCUUUGUCCAUGAGAGUGCUGUGCAUAGUCGGGUCUUGCAGAUCUUAUACAGGAAUGAAGAAGUUCCCGUAAAUGAUGUCAUGCUCUUCCGGGCUCAUUUGCUCUUAGAUGGUGAGAGGGUAGAAGAUGCGCUGAGCGAGGUGGAGUUUCAGCUCAAGGUGGACCUGCAUUUUACUGAUAGUGAGCAGCAGCUGAGAGAUUUGACUGGGACACCGAUGAUCAGCAGUCGCACACUUGGCCUUCACUUCCAUCCCCGGAGGGGUCUGCACCACCAAGUCCCUGUCAUGUUCGACUACUUCCACCUGUCAGUGAUCUCGGUAACCAUCCACGCUGCCCUGGUGGCUCUGCAGCAGCCCCUGAUCAGUUUCACUCGUCCAGGAAGAGGCUCCUGGUUAGGGAAAGGCGGCCUAGACACAGGACCAGAACAGCCCAUGAUUUCUUUGGAAAACUUGGUCUUUGGAGCUGGAUACUGCAAGCCGACUUCUUCAGAGGGAAGCUUCUAUGUCCCCUCGGAGAACUGCAUACAGCAUGCACACAAGUGGCAUCGGGACCUCUGUCUACUGCUGCUCCAUGCCUAUCGGGGCCUCCGGCUCUACUUUCUAGUCAUCAUGAGAGACAUUCCUGAGCUGCCCACCAUGAAGCUGGAGGCCCUUGCUGUUGAAGAAACACUUUCUCAGCUGUGCUCAGAGUUACAGAUGCUGAACAACCCAGAGAAGAUAGCUGAGCAGAUCAGCAAGGAUCUUGCCUGGCUGGCUUCCAAUCUGAUGGCUUUGUGGACCCAAUUCCUGGACACAGUGACUCUGCACUCUCAAGUGACCACUUAUCUCACCCAGGAACAUCACACUUUGAGGGUCCGAAGGUUUUCUGAAGCUUUCUUUUACAUGGAGCACCAAAAACUUGCAGUCUUGACCUUUCAGGAAAACCUGACACAGACCCACAGCCAGCUGUCUCUGGAUAUCCGGAACUCAGAGUACCUCACCAGCAUGCCCCCACUGCCCGCAGAGUGCCUGGACAUUGACGGUGACUGGAACACCUUGCCUGUUAUCUUUGAGGACAGAUAUGUGGACUGCCCUGCCUCAGGGCAUAAUUUGAGUGUUUAUCCUAAUUUUGAUGUGCCAGUGACAAGUCCUGCAAUAAUGAAUCUAAAAGGGAAAGAAAAGAUUCUUGCAAAUCAAAAAUCAUCUUCAAGAAAGGACCUUUCCUUAUCUACUACAAAAGCAUCCCAGUUGGGCUCAGAUGAAGAUGUUGUUAGGUGUUCAGAGAUGGAAGAGAAUGUCUCCACCCGGAAUUCUGUGGAUGUGUGCUCAGAAUCUCAAGUGUAUCUGACCAUUGGUGAAUUUCAAAACAAAACAGGAAUGCCUGAAGAGGAAGGCUGGACUGGCCCGAGACCUGAUGCUGUAAAAGAUUCACUAGCAGAUGUGGACAUGCGUAGAAGUCCAGGCCCUGAGGAUGGGCAGGCCCCAGCACUGACCUACCUUGAUGUGCAAUCUAGCAAUAAGAACCACCCUAGAGCUGAGCCCACGCAGGACCUUAAUGUUCGGCAUGAGCACAGUAGCUCUAGGGACAGCCAUGAUCUUGUUAAGACUGUGCCAAACAAAGUUAUAGCAGGAAUAAGUCAGAAUAAUGUCAUCUCCUUAAGCCAAACAGCUGCUCUUGAGUUCAGGACUCUCGGAAGGGGAGCAGAACAGGAGGGAAAACCUGUACUGUUGAGCCUGAAGCUCACCCCUGCUGAGCCCUGUGAUCCGAUGAGCACUGCUCUGAGGGAACCUUUGGACACCAGGCCUUCCCUGCUGGACCAUGUAGACGAGCAGGAAGAUCUGUCAGUGCUCUCUGGCGUUAUAAAGAGGUCAGCCUCCAUAAUAUCUGACUCAGGCAUUGAGAGUGAGCCAAGCUCAGUUGCCUGGUCUGAGGCUCGAAGCAGAGCCCUGGAGAUACCCAGCGAUCGUGAAGCUUUACAUCAGGUAGUUCGGAGGCAUGCCCACCACAGGAACUCUUUGGAAGGCGGGCAUACAGAAAGCAACACUAGUCUGCCCAGUGGCUUCCAGGCUUCACUUACCUCUAUCAGCUCUUUGCCUUUUGAAGAUGAGGAGCGGGAGUUGGCACUUACCAAGCUAACCAAGUCUGUCUCUGCUCCCCAGAUCAGCAGCCCUGAGGAUACUGCUGAAGGUACAGAUAGCUUGAAGAACACAGGAGUAUUUUCUGAAGACCUGGACAUUUCUAGCCAGGACAACAGUUCACCUAGACACAGUUCCCAUGCUUAUGGUAGCUCCAGGCUUCAGGAUGUCAGGGCAGGACAUUCCCUUGCAGAUAUAGCUUUAGAUUCUGACAGACCCCAGGGCCUUGGGUAUGUGGACAUCCGCAAAAGCAAAGAGAAUCAGCUUGAUUCUCCAGAACCUUUUUGUGUGGAUGGCAUGGCUGAAAAUACAUCAAGUACUGAAACCAAAGUUCUUAACUUAAAAAUACCAUGUACUAUAGUGCUUGAAAAUUCUAGGACCAGGUCUUUACUUAGAGCAGCAGUAGAAACCACAAAAGUCAAACCUAAAGAAUCGAGUGUGAGUAAACGCAUACUCUCCAACAACGGCUCAGAAGUCAGGGCUGCAUCUCACCAUAAGGUGCCUGAAAUCACUUGUGCACCAGCUGUUGAAGCUGUCAACCUGAAUUCUACAGGUGUACAAAACGGUUCACUAAGUGUCAAUGAAACCAUGACAUUGAACAGAAGACAUACUGCCUCUCUGGAGGUCAAACAUGAAGCAGGCACCGUGUGCCCCACUGUGACUCACACUAUUGCCUCCCAGGUGUCACGAAAUCAGGAGCUGAAGACAGGCACUUCCAUCUCUGGGUCCCAAUUGAACUCCACAGAGGCCUUUACUCUGGAUAGCCUGAAAGCAGUGGAAGUCGUCAACUUGUCUGUGUCUUGUACUGCCACCUGUCUCCCUUUCUCAUCUGUACCCAAGGAGACCCCUGCUAGGGUUGGACUCUCUUCCAAACAAAACCUAGCCCCCAUUACUCAUCAACCUUUGGGUUCCUUUGGCGUCGUUUCCUCCCACUCCAGCAAGUUGGAAGAAGAAGUCAGUGAAAGGAUGUUUAGUUUUUAUCAGGCCAAAGAAAAGUUUAAAAAAGAACUGAAGAUUGAAGGAUUUCUGUACAGUGACUUAUCUGUACUAGCUUCUGACAUACCGUAUUUCCCACCAGAGGAAGAGGAGGAAAACUUGGAAGAUGGGAUUCACCUGGUGGUCUGUGUCCAUGGCCUGGAUGGGAACAGUGCAGACCUCCGUCUGGUGAAGACAUUCAUAGAACUUGGGCUCCCUGGGGGGAAACUGGAUUUCCUAAUGUCUGAAAAGAAUCAGAUGGACACAUUUGCAGAUUUUGAUACCAUGACGGAUCGAUUGUUGGAUGAGAUUAUUCAACACAUCCAGUUGUACAACCUCUCCAUAUCCCGAAUUAGCUUCAUCGGCCAUUCUCUUGGCAACAUUAUCAUCAGAUCAGUUCUCACAAGGCCCAGGUUCCGGUAUUACCUCAACAAACUCCACACAUUCCUGUCAUUGUCUGGGCCUCACCUGGGGACUCUGUACAACAACAGCACCCUGGUUAGUACAGGCUUGUGGCUCAUGCAGAAACUGAAGAAAUCCGGCUCCCUUUUGCAGCUGACUUUCAGGGAUAAUGCUGAUCUGCGCAAAUGUUUCCUUUACCAACUUAGCCAAAAAACAGGGCUGCAGUAUUUUAAAAACGUUGUUCUGGUUGCUUCUCCCCAAGACCGCUAUGUGCCAUUUCAUUCAGCCAGGAUCGAAAUGUGUAAAACCGCCCUCAAAGAUAGACACACAGGGCCAGUGUAUGCGGAAAUGAUCAACAAUCUCCUGGGCCCUCUGGUAGAAGCCAAGGACUGCACUUUGAUCAGACAUAACGUGUUCCAUGCUCUGCCCAACACUGCCAACACCUUGAUUGGCCGCGCAGCUCACAUAGCCGUGCUGGACUCGGAACUCUUUCUUGAGAAGUUUUUCUUGGUGGCAGGACUCAACUAUUUCAAAUAGCAGCCUCCAGGGAACAGCUUGGGUGACUGGCCAGAGCUGUUUAAAAUCAGCUGAGUUUUUAGCUAGGUCAUGCUUUUCCACACCGCUGAAUUCCAGAGUGGAGUAAGAGAGUGGAAGGUGUGGAGGGAUCAAGCUGGGGUGGGGCUGGACACUAGAGAUGCUUGUAUUUGAGACAUUGGGGAAGCUGAACAAACAGUGUAAAAGACAACAAUGUUUUCUUGAAUUUGUCUAGCUUCCUAGAGUCUCAUUCAAGAUGUUUCUAGGGACAAUAUGAGAAAGUAAGAAACAGAACACGUGCCAUUGGCGAGCCCAGCUUUAUAAUCACUAUGGCUCAUGGGAACUGAUCCAACUUAACUAGAUUAUCCCAAUCUGUCACUAGGUCAUAGCUUUAUCAUGUGUUGAUUCAAUUAAGUGCACACAAACAUUUCAGAUCUCAGGUUAACUUCUGUGUGUAAGUGGGACAUCUUCCUGUAAAUAGAACCCUUAAUAGAUCAAACAUACUACUUGUUCAAAAAAAUUGCUAUAUUCAUGUUUUCAUCCUCUCCAUGUUUUCUAAAGAAAGGGCAAAGGAAAGUAUGACAAAUCCACAUUUUAUCUUGUAGUACCAGUAGGUAGGGUGACUUAGAGAAAGUGGAGGUGAAGGUGACACUGUUGGUCAAUACAGGUUUGGUAUUAACAAAAAGAACUGAAGGGAGCAUAUUGAACAAAUUGUUCCACCUACUUCCUUAAAUUUUUUCUAUGCAUUGCCUGGUCUACAAAUUGUUUCUGUGAAUGCUUACAUUUCUUUCUGAAGUAGGGAAGACUGAGAGAAGCUCUACCUAGCAGAAAGAGGCAGUCAGAUGAAUGUACUCGUGUGUGAAAUUACCGCUGAUGCACUUCUAAAGAAAUGCUGUCCCAGCCCUGAAUGCAAGAGCAACUAAUCAAAACCCAUUAACAGGGCCAGCUGCUUCUCCUCUCCCUGGAAGGAGAAAGGCAUCCUAAGAGAGGCAUGCUGGGUAAAGAACCUCAGGGGAGCUCUAAGAUGGGUGCUGUUAUUUUUCAAUAGUGAUGUCUUCAUGCCUUAGGAAAAUAAAGGGCUAGGAAAGACCACAUUUGUAAAAACUAUCAGAUAGACAAAAGUAAGAUCAGAAUGGAGAACAAAAGCCAGACUGAAGACCCAACUUAAAGUGUUAUUGGUAAGUGACUGAUACAGAAGUUUUAAAAAUAACCAGAAUAUUUAAAAUGGUCUCUAAGUAUAAGUUCACUAUGUAGGCGAAAUGGCAGAAAGAUGAAAAUGUAGCUAUAGAGAAGAAAUGCAUGAAACGGGACAGCAUGGAUGACACUGCAGAGAAAGCCUCCCCCCCCCCCCUUUUUUUUUUUCAGAAGUACCAUGUACAGUAUGGAAACCUGUCUGCCUGGGCAAAUGGACCAGGCUUGCAGGUCACUGAUCCCAUGAGAAGAAAGCUAUGGGAGUCUGGAUGCAUGUGAGAACUGUAUAUCCACACACAUUCAGUAAAUUUAGACCAUAAAAAAUAAGUUCAGACUGGCAGUUUGUAGGACAGUAAACUUGGGGGUGGUAUUGGGAGGAGGCUGAAGGCUUUGCAAAGGUGGACCUCCCUACAGUGAUUUCAGGGUUUCUCUAUGGAUCAUUUCUGAAUUUUUUUACAUCCUGGUCUCAAGGCAUGCAUUUUUCAUUGGGCCUUUUCCUGAUAUCCUGAGUCAGGCUUUGGGACAGACACUGUCUACUUGAUGUCAUUGACAUGCUGGCAUUGUUUCUUGGAGAACGUUUUUCUCCUGGGCCCUUCUGACACAGACAGCUGCUGCUCCUUAGUGCGGCAAGGUCAGUCUGUAGCAAGUUCUUCCUUUUGGCUAUGUGUGGAGCCCUGCCCGUCAGGUCUGAUAUGCUCAUUUUGCAUUGUGUUUCCAGUCCUCAUCUGCAGCAUUUGUCAACCCCUGGUCAUUUGGAAAACCUUGUAGUAUUUAUGGAGCCAGAAUGAAUUUGAUGACCAUCGUCUUUUCCAACAAUCAGAUGCCAUUUUUAACUUCAAUGUGCUGUCUGGACAUAGUGAGAACUAAUGGCAAUAACUGUCCAGCUGCAUGGCACACCUCUUUUAGGUGUCCUGCUGUCUUUGUAAACCCUAUCUGGCCACUGAGAAUCCAUCAUCAUCAUGUAGAAAGUGUCUUCAUGUAUUGUAAAUAAGAGCGUCAAGUAUCACCUGUCAUGCCUCAUUUGAAAAGGCUUUUAUAUGUCUCUUUCUAUUAAAGAAUAUAUAUAAUAUAUAAAUAUAUAAUAUAUGUAUAAUGUAAACAUGGACAUUCUAUUAUUGGUUAUAAACAUGACAAACAAAAUGCCUGCCAAGGUAAUGAUCCAGUAUGUCUCCAUCCUCAGUUCUAUUUUGGGUUUUGUUUGUAUGAUUUGAAGCUUCCCCAAACUAGUUAGAAAUAAACAUUACUGACCUUGAGAUUACUUGGAAUUUGUUGUUCAUGAACCAAAUAAAUCCAGAGAAGGAGAUAGAAACCUAAAGCAGUCUGAAGUCAAGUAAUGACCCCCGUGGCAGCUGAAAUCAGGUGCAGUGCUGAGAACACAGGGAGAGUUGAAAGGAAAAACACAUCCUACACAGUUUUACAAUUCCAUGACUUUCUGUGCUUCUGUCUAUGCCAGAUAGGAACUCAUAGACAACACAUGAAGUAUGAUGCUUAGGAAAUUAAGAGUACCACACCGGUUAUUAUGAUCUUACAAGGAAGAGCUAUGCUAGAGCUAUGGCCAGGAGCAGGAUAUCAUAGAAUUCUAAUCGCCAUUGUCUGGGAAAAAACAAGCAGAUAGUUUUGAAAGUGCGACUCUAAAGAGGAGACCAUUCUUCAUGCCCAGCUAUCACUGCAUUUUUUUAAAUGAUGGCAUUUCUCUACUAAAUGUAUCUAUAUGAAGGUCUCUUCUCUGCUGAGAUGCAUUGGUAAGUCUAGUAGCACAUGGCUUAGGCAAAAAAAAAAAAAAGUGAUGAAGUUGGUGGGCCUACAGGUACUGGGGGAGGGCUAUUAGAAGCGCCCAGAGGCAGGAUUCCUGCCUAUGCCAGAGAAGGUGACUGCUCUUAGGAAUUCUCCCCUGGAGAAACUUGAUGUUUGAGAUUUAAUAGGAAGGCUGACCCAAGAGUAGGUCUGGUAAAGGUCUGUUUGGGGUGACUUCUAACAAAGGGAAGAGAAUAAACAAAGAAAUUAAGGGGUAGAGAGAGAGAUGUGGAUAAAGAAGAGCAGAAAAAAAGGCCAAUAGCACAUUAAAGGGCAGAUGGUGAAUAUUUGAGCAAUAGUGACAAAAGGAGACGAUUUCCACAUCCAUGCAACAUUUUCUUCACUUGUCAAGAGGAAGUUAUCCCCGAGAUCUCUGACUGUAAGGGACUCUACUUGGAAAUGAGAUGCCCAGUUGCCAAUCCUUCCCCAGUGUGUUAUUAUACCCCUCUCCUAUGCUGGUUUUCGGGAUCCUUGAUCUCCCACCCCUGCCUGAAGUCCAUCGGCAUGCUCUCCCCACCACUCAUUACUGAACUUUCCCUUUGAGGUGCAUAGCAUACACCAUUGAGAAGCCCGAGAAGAUGACAGCAGACGUGGUAAAAGAAAACAUAGAAUGGCUGCUUAAAAAAUCAGUCUCUCUUUUAUUAAUUAAGAAUUUCAUAUUUGUAUCUAAUAGAAUAUGGCCAUAUACACUUUUUUCCAAUUGCCCCUUCACACUUCUCUCAAAUCAUCCUUCAGUCUCCCCCAACCUCAUGUCCUUUAAAACUAUCUUAUAAUUAUGGUUAAUAGUAGUGCCUAUAUGUGCCUGUGUGUGCGGCUAGCCAUUGAAACCUUUGAGUAACUACACACUUAAAGGAGAAGAAUUCUCGCUUUCCCCAGAUGCUAUUACCUGCCAGUAGCUCCCUGGUAAGGAGUGGGGCCUAGAGAUCAGCUUCCCCGUGAUGACUGCUGUCCACUGCACAAAGACGCUACUUGUCUGACUGAAGUUGAGAGCAGUCCCCUGCCUAUGGGUAUAAACAUAACUAUUUAGAAGGCAAUUUGACCAACAUGACCAUUUAGUAAGAUAAAUUAGUAUGUUCAAUCUUAGUGCUUAUGUCAUCUCCUAACAUGGGCUUUGACCAACAUUGCAGUACUAUGCAUGGAAUUCCUUUCUGUGGAGAAGGCCUAAAAAUCCAAUUAGAAAGCUACUAGUCAUGAAAUAUUGCAUACACUAUGAACAAAUUAUAUUGGAGGCGAAGUUAUGUGUUUAUUUAGGUAUUCUGGAGUUGAGGUUUGAACAUUGAGCCUUCACACUAUUCUUUGGCUAUGGUUCCCUCAAUCCAGAGUUGACUGAAAAAGAUACAGUCUAUUUAUUUAUUUAUCUAUCUAUCUAUUUAUUUAUUUAUUUUAAUUACACUUUAUUCAUUUUGUAUCCCCCCAUAAGCCCCUCCUUCCUCUCCUCCCAAUCCCACCCUCCCUCCCGUUUCUGCAUGCAUGCCCCUACCCAAGACCACUGAUAGGGGAGGUUCUCCUCUCCUUCCUUCUGAUCUUAGUCUAUCAGUUCUCAUCAAAAGUGGCUGCAUUGUCCUCUUCUGUGGCCUAGUAAGGCUGCUCUCCCCUCAGGGGGAGGUGAUCAAAGAGCAGGCCAAUCAGAUUAUGUCAGAGGCAGUCCCUCUUCCCAUUACUAUGUAACCCACUUGGACACUGAACUGCCAUGGGCUACAUCUGUGCAGGGGUUCUAGAUACAGUUUUAAAACAUUGCAGCCAGAUUACUUCCAAGUCAUACAUAAUCUUGUGAAGUUCUAACAUCCUGUUCAAAACAUCUGCCUAACCAAUGAAUAAGUGACAUAGAAAAUAUUUUCCACCAACAAAGGUGGUGUCACAAAUCACUUUCAGUGACAGAAGCUAGUAGAUGGAGUGUUCCAUUAUUAGCAGAUCAUCUGUUUUGCUUCAUCUCUCCAUCUCCAAAUUGUCUUUUCUCCUUCUUUUGCUACAAUAUAGUUUCUGAAACCAUGAUAUAUGUACUUUCUAUUAUUCAUAUCCCAGGCUAGCAGACAUGUAUUCAUCCACAAAUGAAGACCCUUUACAAAAGGGCUUGAAGCACCACUAAAUUUUUUGUGGAGGAGAUAUUCCUAUGCAUAAUAAAUCUAAGCCCCAAUAUAUUGUCAUUAGCUUGUGUUCACGGUCUUAUAAAUUCAUUCAUUCUUGAGAUUUCCAUCACAUUAACAUUUCACUCAUAUGUACACAUCAUUCCUCAAGGCAAGCAUCAUGUGUAAUCCAUUAAUGAAAACCUGAGGCUCAAUCUUACUUGGCACAAAAUGGGGAUGAGAAUGGGGUGUUUUGGGGGUUGUUUCAUUUGAAAAAUCCCAUUUUUUUGAAAGCCCAUGCAUUUUUUUUAUCCAGUUCUUAAUCUCAGCAACAGCAACUGAAAUUGAUGCAGAAACAACUCAGCAUUGGGUGUGCUGAUUUCCUGAGCUUCUGAAUUCCCAGAAUAAGUAGCAUCAUGAGAAAAUAAACUGCAACAGAGUUUUAUGUCAUGAGAAGAGCCUGUCUUCUCACUUAUGAAAUAGAUUUUGAAAAUGGUUAUUUAAAAGCAGUUCAGAAAUGGAUGAGACAGAAGAAAUUAAUCUGAAGCAGAGAAAUUGCUACAUCAGGAAUUUGGAAAUCUGGAGGAAGCUUGGAAAUAUUUUGUAGCAAAAAGGUUAGUGGGGAGCAGUUUUAUUGGGAUAAGAAACAUUUUAUGUGACUUACAAGUGAUUUAUAGGAUGGUAUGAGGGACAGUCCUGUGUCUAAAAAUUUUGGCUUAGGUUUUUACCAGUUGAAAUAUUCCUUCUUGACUCCCAGGUGUUUUUACCCUGCACAUUUUCAGGAUAUUUCAGUAUGCAAUUCAUUAGAUUAUAAUUUUUCUACUCAGGGCACAUCAUUAGCCAUUACAAAAAGUUGAGAAAAGGUUACAACACACAUCUAGGAAAAGAAUUACAUCUAACUGUGUUUGGAAGCUGAAAUUUGUAAAUAUCAAUCCAAUUUCUUUAUACUGCCCCCAACUACAGAGAUAUUUUUAAAUGUCUUUUAGUUCAGGCUAAAUUAUUGCACAUGAAAAAUAAUUUUUUCUCAUCCUUCAUACCCCAAGAAAUUUUAAUCAUAAGGUACAUCUAACAUUGUAUGCCUAUAUGUUUGUGUAUAUGCACACACAUACUUAUAUAAAGAAAAAUAAUUACAUUAUUUUACAUUUAAAAAGCAUAGUUCACAUAGUCAUAAUAAUUUCCCAUGUUUUGCUAAAAAGUCUAUGACCUUUUAACCAUUAUUUUCACAUUACUCACUCUCAAAUGUAUUUCUUUUAUAUUUGGUAUUUCCUUGGAUUUUUGCUAACUAUAGUUGGUUAUAGAAAGUAUUGUGUUAGAAUGCUUCCUUAAAUAUGGUGGGAGGAAAAGAUGGCUACUUAACUACCCCAGGAUAGAAUAAACUAAGAGUCCCAGGGGGAACCGUAAGAACAUGAUCCUGUGGCUCUAGCAUUGAGCCAUACUCCUAACCUUGGGCUUUUGGUGUCCUUUGUGAGUCUGGAUACAGGUGAGUGAUUUCCAGGAGACGUCACAGUGAUGUAAACUCUACCUCUCAGGUAGGAUUGCAAUGCUUUUUUGCACACAGCCACCAUUCCUGUAUCAGUGUCAAGGUGGGAGAUUAGGAGAGAUGAAUGGUCCAUGUCAAAAUCUAGUCUAUCAAGGAGCUCUUUCUGCCUAGAGACAUACAAAUUGGCUGUAAUGUAUAAUCUUUGGAUGCUCUAAAGACUCUAAGGGAUGCUUUUACAUGUUUUCCCAUUUAACAGAUAAACUAUAGUUUUGCAAGCAAAUAAGAGGCACAUAAUGGCUUCCACAAGCAUGGCCUUGCUUAGACAAAGAACUGCCUUGGACUAAUGUCCACUGGUGGCAUGGGAUAAGGUUAUGAGAUUGCUUACUUUAACUUUUAUUUCCUUUUUCAAAUAAUGCCUAUUUUCAAAUGAUGAAGAGAGUUAAGGUAUUUUAUCAUGGUCUCAAAGACAGAACUUGUUUGUAUAACCUGAUUCCACUGUGAUUUCUAAUUCAUCUUUACUCUGCUGAAAAAUAUAUAUAUAUUCAAUAAUCAGUUUCCUAAACAUCCUUGCAAAUUGUCUGUGAUAAAAAAAACCUUAGUCACUCAUGCCAGUAAGUUUCACUAUUUUUCUACAUUUGCUUCCUGGUUGGCAUUUUGUGUAAUGUGAUGUGAAUAAAUGAUAAACAAAAUAACAAUAAUA